AUGUUCGCCGCGCGUCACGGCCUGGGGGCCCUCCUGAAGGAUGGCUACCGCACGUUCACUGGCAUCGAUGAGGUGACGGCCAAAAAUAUCGAGGCCUGCAAAACCCUCACAGACAUUCUAAAGACCUCUCUCGGCCCCUACGGGCUGAGCAAGUUGGUGGUGAAUGCCUGGGGAAAGCGCUCAGUGACAAAUGACACCGCCGCGAUCCUCAGAGACCUCGAAGUGCAGCACCCCGCAGCAAAGCUGCUGGUGAUGGCUGCUGAAAUGCAGAAACAAGAAAUGGGCGGCGGCUGCAACUUCCUCCUUAUCCUCGCUGGCUACCUCCUGACGAAUGCAGACUACUUGCUGCGUCAGGGGCUGCAUCUGAGUGACGUCAUUCAAGGGUAUGAACUCGCGCUAGACAACAUUCCGGCAAUCCUAGAGGAAGCGGCCUGCCACUCCAUCACCAACCUCAAGGAUGCAAAGCAGCUCGAGCCAGUGCUGAAGACCGUCUUGAACAGCAAGCCGCUGUGUAUAGAGGCGGGGCUCUCUGGGCUGCUGGCCUCUGCAAUUUCUGCGGUGAUGCCCCCAAAUUUCGAGGACUUCGACCCCGACAACAUUCGGGUCGCGAAGCUGCAGGGCGGUCGUCUCAGCCUCUCCACAGUGGUCAACGGAAUGGUUAUCAUUAAGCCCCCUCACGGCACUGUUGAGUCGAAGGGGAACUGCAAGGUGAUGGUGCUCGGCUGCGGCCUCGAGUGCGCCACCACAGAGGCCAAGGGAACUGUUCUUAUUCACAACGCCGAAGAGCUGAAGAACUUCACCAAGGGAGAGGAGGCCCAGAUGGAGGAAAUCAUCAAGGGCAUCAAGAAUGCCGGCGUCGAGGCGAUAAUUGUGCACGGAGGUGGCAUCGCUGACAUAGCGCAGCAUUUCUGCAACAAAUACGAAAUUCUUACUAUUAAGGUGCCGUCCAAGUUUGAAACUCGUCGUCUUUGCAGGGCCCUCGGCGCGACAGCCCUCGUUCGCCUGGGUGUGCCCAUGGCUGACGAGUUGGGGGUGGCGGAGUCGAUUAAAACGAUCGAAAUCUCGAGCACCAAAGUUACCCAGAUCCUUUGCAGAGACACCCGCGUGCAGACAGUCGUGCUCCGUGGGUCGACCCCCUGCAUCCUGGACGAGGCGGAGAAGGCCGUGGACGACGCCUGCGCCUUCGCGAAGGCCCUCACCAAAGAUAGACGCUUCGUCGCAGGUGCUGGAGCAGCGGAAAUGGAAGUCGCCAGAAAGCUGCAGGCUGUGGCGGAGAAGCUGCCUGGCGUAGAGCAAUACGCCGUCCUGAAGGCUGCCGAAGCCUUUGAAGCCAUUCCCAGACUCCUGGCGGAAAGCGCUGGCCUGAAUGCCACAGAGGUCCUGUCUGCACUGCAUGCCGCGCAUUCAACAGGGCGCGUGCUGGAGGGAGUAAACAUAGAAGCCUUUGUGAGUGCAGUGGCUUCCGGCCGGGGAGCCUCAGGCAGCUCCAAAGUGAAUAUGACAGUUGAUGCGAAGGCAGCGGGCAUUCUGGACCACAUGCAAACAAAGGCUUGGGCUACCCGCCUGGCAUUCGACGCAGCAAUCACCACUCUACGCGUUGACCACAUCAUCAUGGCGAGACCGGCAGGCGGCCCCGCUCCACGCGCCCCUGGAGCUCCUGAUGCAGACUGA